AUGUCGCGUGCCGUGGUGGCCUGGCAGGGGAACAUCGCGGGGCGCGGGCACGCCAACUCGCUGCUGCUGGUGCUCACGCUGCGGGCGCUUCGGAGGGCCCAUGCCAUUGCCCCCACCGUGCAGCCGCGCGGGCUGGCGGACGACGUUACGCUCGCCUGGGCGCGGCCGAGCGCGGGGCACAGCAAGGACCUCGCCAACGCCCUCGGCAGCUUCACGCGGCAGGGGCUCCACGAGAAGGUCUGGGCCCGCAACCUGGGCCACGAGCUGCACGGGCGCAAGGUGAUCCGCACCCAGGAGAAGCGAAGGCUUGCCUCCCUGAUGGACAGGGGGCGGCGGCUGGCCAUGCUCAGGCGGGCGGCUGGCAGGCGCGCGGCGGCCCUGGUGGCCACGGGCCUUUCGCCCUCUGCGGGCCAUGGUGCAGGCGUGGCGGGCCUGGCUGACCGCCCACUCGCCCAACUGCGCACCCUGUCGGCGGCCGCUGCGGGGGCCAAGGCUGGGUGCGGGACCGCGGCGGUCAUGCUCCUGCAGAAGCGCGUCGGCUACGACCCGAUCUACGCGGCCACGGUCCGCCCGGUCGUGCGCCUUGCCAGCCGCAUCGGGGAGGGCAUCGGCCCCCCCGCCACUCUCGCCGCCAGCUGGGACAGCCUGGCGGCAGUGGCCAUGGCAGGGGCCAGCGCCUAUGGGCCCUUGGCGGCAAAGUGGCUCUCCCUCGAGCGCAUCGGCUGGAGCAUGCAGUCGGUGUGGGCGCUCAGGUCGGACAUCGGGGAGCUGCGCUCCAUGUUGCACACCGCGCCGCGGGGCAUCAAGGACGCCCUGGUCGAGGGCAUCCAGAGAUGGCAGUGCCGCCGAGCGGCGCUCUGGUCAGGCGGCCACUACACCAACGUCUGGAGGCACAGCCAUGGGUUCACGGACACCGAGGUGCGCCACGCGUGCGGCGAGGCGCGCGACACGCUGAUGCAUCGCUGGCGCUGUUGUCUCGUGGUCAUGGUGCCCAUGGACGACGGGCUCGAGCAGGAAGAACCGUUCCGCAAGCCGCUGGGGGCAGUCCACCAACAGAUGCACGAGGCGGAGCAACGCUGGACCGUCGGCGACAGCUACCUGCCCGUUCUCGCGCGGCCUUCCGCUGCUGCCCGCGCUACCGCCUGCAGCGCCCUCGACGACCCGGGCCACGCCUCCAAGGCCCCCGAGGCCCGCUGGCGCGGCUGGGCAGUGCUGGCCUUCAGGCCCGAUGGGUUCCAGCUAAAGGCUGCCUGUGGCCCGCUCCCAGGUGCAGUCCAGACGGUGGGGCGAGCGGAGCGUUUCGCCUGCCUGGCCCCGCUGCGGCAGCGAAGGCCGACAAGCCUCAUCGUCAGCGACCUCCAGUCACUCAUGACGGAGGGCAACUCCUGGAGCCCAGAUGCGGCGUCGGCACGUGGGCGACAUGCUGGCAUCUGGGGGCAGCUGCACGCUGCAGCAGCAGCCCGCGCCGUGCCCCCGCCGCGGUUCAGGUGGGCCCCUGCCCACCGCACGCUGGAACAGGCGAUCGAAGAGGGCAUCAGGCCGCUGGACUGGCUGGGCAACUGCUGGGCGGACUUCUUCGCCAACUUGGGCGCGGCGGAGAUCAAGCUGCCCGACAGCGCCACCGAGGCGAUCCAUGCGGAGCUUCAGCGGGCGCUGGACACGGCAGACAACCUCGGCUGGGCUGCGGCCAGGAUUUGUCAAGUCGACCUGUGGAGGCCACCGGGCGAGGAUGGGGAGCUCAAGCGGAAGUUCGAGCCGAAGCUGCUGGCGGGCCCGCAGCUCAGCCUCACGCGCCGCGGGUACCAGACGGUGGGGGUAGGCGGGGUACAGUGCAUCCGCUGCGGGCGGGAGGCCAACACGGACAAGGUGAGAGCGGCGAAGAGCCAGAGCGCCGUUGGAGCGCAGAGGCUGGCGAGCUCAGAAGCGGCCAACCUGAGCUUGCAGGUGGCGGACUUGGUUGAGACGCAGGUGGCGCAGCUGGGACCUGCGUCCGUGGAGAAGGCGCAGUACCUGCUGGCAGCGGCCAAGGGGCCUGCGCUGACCAAGGGCCCAGGCUCGGCGGGCAGGCCCCCGCAGGCUUGGGACAGGUCGGGAGACCUGGAAGACGUCCUCGCGCAGCUGGUGUUCUGCGAGCGAGGCCGGCAGGACGGCGCCCCCUUCCGCGAGGCCCACAUCGACCAAGCGCAGCAGCUGGAGGGCGAGGCGUUCAGGGUGCGGGUCCACCAGUUCCGCGGCUACUUGGCGGCGGGGCGGGCCUUCCUCUGCGACCGCGGCAACGCCUUACACGUUGGGGCGAACCGCCAGCGCUUGCACACCCCCGUCCUCGAAUCGCCCACUUCGGAGGCCGACGAGGACGUCUGGGUCGACCUAGACGACGAUGACAUGGAGCUCAUCAGGGGCCUGCAGGCGUCGGACUUGGAGGCCACGCGCGCGCGCAGGGAGCAGGGCGAAGCCGCCGGCCGCGGGGGCGAGGCGCUUGGCGUGGACGGUGGUGAGGCCAGCAGGAGGCGCAGCACUCUGCCGCCCGAGAGCGAGGGCGAGAUCUUGAACAUCAGCUCGCCUGACGCCCGCCGAUGGGCCCACCGCCACCGGCGCCAACCUGCGGGGCCGCCGCCUGACGGCGAGGGGGGCGGUUCGCCCCCCAGCAGCAGCUCCACGUCGGUGCUCACGUCGCUUCAAGGCCUGCAGCUGCUGAGGCACACCCUCAUGGACUUCGCAGCGGUCCGGAUCUUCGACCUGCGGGGCCCCGACGGCGCGGAGCGCAGCUGGCUGGCUUGGGCAGCGAGGUUUGCCAUGGCGUGGCUGCGGCAACCCGACAAUGCAGCUGCCUGCCAGGAGGCGGCCAAGGGGGCGGGCUCAAUCGGGGUCCUGGCGAUUGUCAAGGCGAUGGUCGGGCAGGCGUGGCAACGCAAGGCCAGCGUGCGGCAGGCGACGCGCAGGCACCUGCUGGACCUGUCUUUCUCCACAUGGCACCAUGUAGCAGCGAUGCAGUGGGCGUCCACGGGCGAAGUGGCGAGGGCCAUCGAGGCCCAAAUCGGACCGACCGCAGCGGCCCAACUGCCCGAGCUCUCUGGCUUCGCAGGGCCCCUGUCAGGCAUCGGGCCGCGAGGCGUGCCGCCGCCGCCCAGGGCGGCCAUGGUGCUGCUGGCUGCUGCGGGCCCCCCAGCCUUCGGCCAGGCUCGAGGAGCCAUGACGGGCCGCGGGCACGGCCGCCCUCAGCUCCCCCUCCCGCAGCAACUGGGGCGGGCGGAUUCUGACAGCGACGACGACGGCCCCGACCCAGGCGCUGCACCGUCGGGCCUCCAGCCGCCGCCGCCGGCUGGGCCACCCGAGGCGGGCGAGGGCGAGGACGUGCUACCUGGGGCGGGGGGGGGCGCAGGCCCUGAGUUUGCGCCCGCCGACGACGUCUCGUGGCACGUGGACAGAUUGACAGAGGGGCCCGACUCGAGCUCGUCUUUCGGCGGGGGCGCCAACGGCACGGCAGCUGCGGGAGGCGCGGAGGCUGGCGACCCAGCGGCGGAGGCCGACAUCAUCGGCUUCCCGCAGUGGGCCGCGGAGGUGCCGCGCACGCCCGAG